CUGUAGCAAACUUAUAUUCAAAACUAAUUACACAGGCUUAGGAUCAGAAUCUCUAUAAUACUUUCUGCUUAAACUGAAGAAGGAACCAACCAAAAACCAGCUCCUAACUGUGACCAACGAAAUGAAAGAAGCAAGUGCAUUAGGAGCUAGAACUGCACGAGCAUGUGAGAGCUGUUUAAAAGUAAGAGCACGGUGGUAUUGUGCUGCUGAUGAUGCUUUCCUUUGCCAUGGCUGUGACAACAUGGUUCACUCCGCAAACCAAUUAGCACGCAGGCACGAAAGGGUUAAGCUUCAAACCGCAUCCUCUAAGGUCAACUACUCAUUGACCCUUAAUCAUAACAAUAAGGUAGCAUGGCACAGUGGAUUCACACGCAAGGCAAGAACACCACGCCACAACAGCAAGCACAAGAAAAUACACGAAGAAGGAGAAGAAGAAGAAGUGUUUUUCAAGAACACCAUUAGUCUUCCCCUUGUGCCAGAGCUUGGAAGUGAAGAAGCACUGCAUAAUGAUGAGAGUGAGGAGCAGCUGUUGUGUCGCGUGCCCGUGUUUGAUGCUGAGCUUUGUAGUGUAUACAGUGAAGUGAAGGAAGAGGUUUUGGCUGUUGAAGAAGUGUUUGACUUGGAAAAUUUUUCUUCCGAGCUUCUACCAUCAGAUAUGGAUCUUGCUGAGUUUGCUGCUGAUGUGGAAAGCUUUCUUGGAAACGGAGCUGAUGAGGAUUCAUCUGAGCACGUGAAAGGAUCAGAAUUGCUGCUUGAUUGCAAAGAAGAAGAUGAAGAAAUGGAUGCAUGUGUUGGUGGAGUUGGAGCCAAAGAAGCAAUGGUGAAGGUCAAAGAUGAAGAAGAACUUGAUGCUGACACACCUUGCCAUUUGGAUUCGAUGAUUCUUGACAUGAACAGCGAGGCCUUUAAUUGGAAUGAUAUUGUUGAAUCAGAAUCACUUGCUCAGGAACAAGAAGAGGAAAUGAGUACAAAGAGAACCAACAAGAAGGACAUGUUUUUGAGGCUAAACUAUGAAGAUGUUAUAACUGCUUGGGCCAGUCAAGGUUCUCCAUGGACAACAGGAACCCCACCAAACUUCAACUCUGAUGAUUGCUGGCCAGAUUUCUUGGGUUCGAAUGGAGGGGAUGUUCAGUGCUGUUAUGGUGAAAUGAUAAGUUUAAGAGGGCAUGCAGAUGGUGGAAGAGAAGCAAGAGUUUCAAGAUACCGAGAGAAGAGAAGAACUCGUUUAUUUGCAAAGAAGAUAAGGUAUGAAGUGAGGAAGUUGAACGCAGAGAAAAGACCUAGAAUGAAAGGACGAUUUGUGAAGAGAACGUCCUUUGUUGGAGCCACUGCUUAGUUAUCAUCAUCAUCAUCAACAAUCACCAAUCACUGACCCCAACAAAGUAAUCAAAUUAAUGGUUAACUUUUCCAAAGUUUGAUUUUGUGGAAAGGUUAAUUAGAUUAAUUGAUUGUUAUUAUUAGUUACUUGGUUUUUGCCAUGCACGUGCAAUGCCAUCACUAGGUCAGGUUUCUCUUGCUUGGGAUAUUUAUUGAUUUCUCUAGCAGGUCCUAGCUAGCUAGCUAGUACUAAUGGUAGCUCCUCUCAGUAUUUUCAUGGCUUUGGUAUUCACUUUCAGAAGCCCUUUUUCAAUAUAAGAAAAUGUAAUCUAUGUUCAUGUUAUUUUGUACAUGUUUGUUUUUCUUAUUAACUUUUUGAGGUUACUGAUUAACAGUGUUUAACAUAUAUCAGGUACUUAAA